AUGACAAAAGCCCUUAAAAGCGCUAAGGAGGGCUUUCGUAGGCAGCUAAAGCGAAGUCGAACGGCUGCUGACAACGAUGCAGGUCAACCCGCGGCACAGCGUAGCCGCAUCCCUGAAGAGCAAGAAGAAGAAGAAGUUCACGAUCAGGAAAAUCAAAACAGCGAUAUGGAAAGCAUCGAUGACGACAACAACGAGAGAGACGGCAGUCGCAGUGGCAGCGACAAUAAUAAGCAAGACAGCGAGUAUGGCAGCAGACAUAGCAGCGGUCAUGGUAGCGACGAAGAAGAUGGAGGCCACGAGAGCGACCAAACGAACAUCAUUUCAGAUUGA